AUCUUUUUACUGAAUUUAGAUAAUUUCUUGGUUAUUAUGGAUUCACGUUACUUUUUCUUUGCUAAAUCAUGACAUCGAUCUAUAUUUGGACAUUGGACGUUUCAAUUUCAGAGCUGAUCGCCAUUCAAUCUAUUAUAAAUGGAGAAUCUUUGAAUAAAUUAAUAAGAUGAAAAACGUCUUCAUCUUGCUUGGCCGGCUUGUCAUACAUAAGUCGGAGUGCGGCAUGGAAAGUCAUGCAAAGUGACACGAGGUUUUUUUAGAAGCAUUAUUCUGACGGACUGUUUCUAUGCUUUCUGACAGAUUCGUUCCUCUGAAUUUUAAUUGAUAACAUUGACUAAAUCCGAAUGUUGAGAGAUCAUUCUGUUGUUGAUAGUAGCACUAAUCUGGAUUGAAAGAUGAGCUUGUUGAAAGCAGCGGCUGCAACACCUCUUCUGAAUAGCGUACGUUCCCUGAAGUGGUCGGGGAAGUUGCGGCAGAAAUGUCGACGAAUGUGUGGAUACAAUACUCCUCGUCCGCAUCGGACAUGGAGAAUAAUUAGUCUAUUCAUCCUUCUGUUAAUUGGUGUACACAUAGUAUCUGGUGCAAAGCCUAUUAACCUCUACUGUUCUGCUCUGGGGAAUUUCAUUGAGAGGUAUAUCAUUCCGAGUAAUCAGUUUUGUACUGCAGUGCCAGAGUCAGAGAACUCUCUUCUCAUGCAAGAUGGUCUUCCUAAGUUCCAAUCGUUCCAUGCAAGUCAUGUAGGUCCUGGGAUGCAGAAGCUAGUCCAAAACUUUGAGAAGACUAUUGAAGAAAUUGAAGACACAUAUAAAGGCUAUGCCACCAGUGAUGUGACAUGGUCCAAGGUAUCUGACCCAUUAGAAAGACUAGGUGCCCCUCUGGAGUAUGGCUGGGGUAUGGUGUCGCAUCUCAACGGAGUCAAGAACAAUCAGGAGCUUAGAGAAGCAUAUCAACAAGCUCAACCGGCCGUUGUCAUGGUGUCUACGAAACUUGCUCAAAGUGAAGUUAUCUAUAAUGCCAUGAAGGAGUUAUUAGAGCAUGCUGACAGCUUGAAGUUGGACACCCCACAGCGAAGAAUAUUACAAUCGGCAGUCAGACAAGCAAGGCAGGGAGGGGUUGAGCUGACAGGAAAAGACAAAGAAACAUUUAAUCAAAUCAGGCUGCAGCUGGCAAAGUUAAGCAAUGAUUUCAGCAACAAUGUUCUUGAUGCAACCAAGGCAUUCAGCUUAGAGCUCAAUGAUGAGAAUGAUGUAGAAGGUUUACCGGCAUCCCUGAAACAGCUCAUGGCUGCCUCUGCUUCACAAGGAUCUAGGCAAGUAGAUCCAGAUAUAGGACCCUGGAAGUUGACCCUUGACCUUCCCUGCUUUGAGCCGUUUAUGAAACACAGCAGACGUCGUGACCUGAGAGAGAUGGUGUAUAGAGCUUAUAUUACAAGAGCUUCCCAGGAAAGUCAUAACAAUAGUGGCAUCAUAGAAGAAAUAAGAAAACUAAGGAGAGAGAUCUCUGCAUUACUUGGUUACAAGGAUUUCGCUGCCCUCUCUUUGGAAUCUAAAAUGGCUGGCCAAGCAGAGAAUGUAUGGAAACUCAUCCAUGACUUGAGAGACAGGAGCAAGGUAGCAGCGAAAAGGGAGUUGUCUGAGCUACAAUCUUUUGCAUCUUCUAAUGGUUUCCAUGGUGAUUUGAGUCUAUGGGACCUAUCAUACUGGGCUGAGAGGCAGAGAGAACAUCUAUUCAGCUUCAAUGAUGAGGAUUUGAGGCCGUAUUUUCCACUUUCAAAGGUGUUAGAUGGGCUCUUCAAUCUUACUUCAUUCCUCUUCUCUGUUCAAAUAAAGCCUGCUGCUCAUGAUGAAGUUGAUAAAUGGCAUGAAGAUGUGCAAUUCUACAAGAUUUUCAGUAACAAAGGGGAGCAGGUAGCAUCGUUUUAUUUGGAUCCAUACUCUAGACCUGCAGAAAAGAGAGGAGGGGCUUGGAUGGACCAAUGCCAAGGCAAAAGUCAGCUGCUGGGAACAAAGCCCGUGGCAUACCUGAUAUGUAACCAAACUCCGCCUCAAAAAGACAAGCCUUCCUUGAUGACAUUCAGAGAGGUUGAAACACUCUUCCAUGAGUUUGGACAUGGUCUUCAGCACAUGUUGACCCAGGUGCCCUAUUCAUCAGCUGCAGGAAUCAACAACGUGGAAUGGGAUGCCGUGGAGCUGCCAUCACAGUUCAUGGAGAACUGGCUCUAUGACCCGCAAACCGUUGGCGUAGUCAGCAGUCAUUACCAGACGGGAGAUAGGUUACCGGAUACUCUCUUUCAACAAGUGCUCAAAGCUCGUAAGUACAUGGCAGGUUCAGCAAUGCUGAGGCAGCUCUACUUUUCAGCCCUGGAUCUCGAGCUUCAUACAAGUACUGAUCCUUGGCUUGAUGUGAUGUCUAGAAUAGCUGAUGAAUACACCAUCAUCAAACCUCUACAGGAGGAUCGUUUUCCAUGUUCCUUCCAGCAUAUAUUCUCAUCUGGAUAUGCAGCAGGGUACUACUCUUAUAAAUGGGCUGAGGUGAUGGCAGCUGAUGCAUUUAGUGCCUUUGAAGACGUUGGCCUGAGUAACAGAGAAGAGCUAGCGAAAGUAGGAACAAGAUUCCGGGAUACUGUUCUUGGAAUGGGAGGUGGUGCUCAUCCUAGCGAUGUCUUCAGAGAGUUCAGAGGUCGUGAUGCAGAGGUCAAACCACUCCUAAAAUCAUAUGGACUUGAUUGAGGAUAGGAACAUUUUAUUCAGCAGUUGUUAUAAGCUACUGGAAACCCUUGCGUGUGAUUGGCCGAGAGAAAUUGGUCAGAGCAAAUCAUGUGAACUUGAUUGAGGACAAGAGCAUUCACAGAAGUGCUGUGUCACUGAUUUUCACCAAGAGAUGUAAUAGGCUGCUUUGAACCCUUCCAUCUGAUGGGCUGAAGCAACUUAGAAGAGAAAUCAUAUGGAAUUAGUACAUUAAUGGAGGAUAAGAGUGUUUCAUAAAUUUUUUGUCAGUGAUUUUUCACUGAUAAAGAUGUUAUAAGCUACUGAAAAUUCUUGCUUCUGAUUUGGCUGAGAGCAAAAAGUCAGAGAACUUCACUGACAAAUUCUUCAUGAAAUGCUAUCAAGGAGCAUGUGAAAAUGAACUUUCAAUCUAGAAGAUCAAAGGAGGUGUCCAGGAACAUGAUUCCAGGUGCUUUACUCAUUUCUAUGAAAUGUGAUGUUGGGUGGAAACACCAGCCAUUAAUAGUGUACACACACACUGUUGUGUCAAUGGCUAGUAUGAAAUCCAAAUAGAAUGUUCCAAAGUCAUGAAUGUGUUUUUGAAUCCAUGGCUUCAUUCAUUGGUUAUGCUUAAUUCAGCCUGAAUAUUGACAGAGCCUCAAAUAACAAAUGCAUUUGUUUUUUUUUUCUUCACAAGAUGCUAUAAAUACAAACAUAUUAUUAUUAAAGAUUUCAGCAUGAUUGAGCCCAAUGAUUUUAAUAAAUGAAUUCACUGUUAAUUGAUUUACAUGAACAGUUGGCUCACCGAUGCAGUAAUGUUAGUUACAUGUGUAAAUUUUGUGCUAAAAGCGCACAUUUCUUUGGAUGCUUUCUGUAUUUAGUGUAGUCAAUGCAUCAUAUCUGAUAGAAGCGUCGCUUCACACCACAGAUUCAAAACCACCUUAAUAAUAAUACUAGGCAUUUAUACAGCGCCAUCUAUCUAGAAAUAUUCUAUUCCGAGGCGCGUUGUUAUUAUUACCCCAGCUUUAGCUCGAGCUGCCUCUCAGUGCUCAUGCAUUGAAGGAAUUAAAUCCUGCCGGGUACCCAUUCACCUCACCUGGGUCGAGUGCAGCACAAUGUGGAUAAAUUUCUUGCUGAAGGAAAUUACGCAAUGGCUGGGAUUCGAACCCACGACCCUCUGUUUCAAAGUCAGAAGACUUAUCCACUGGGCCACAACGCUCCACCUUUGUGAAUGGAGGCCAAGAAGUGACACAUACUUCAUCGUAAUGCCUUGAUAGCUAAUAUAUAGAUUGUAACUCAAUUUCACAUGAGUGGUGUGAACUACAUGUAUAGGUAAUUUACAAUCAUUGUGGCCUCUGCAGGAUUAAGAAAGCAUGAAUGCUAGUAAGCAAGCAACCCGAGGACCGACAGCUUAAGGUCCACUCCGAGGGACCUGAUUAUGAGGAUUAAUGCCUUACCAAAGGGCAUUAGCGCACCAAGUGGAAAUUUUACCCAGGUCAACACGACUAUUUAUCUACACAUACAUUGCUUUUUUUCAGUUGAGGUAAGGGGGAAAGAAGCUGAAGUUUAUUAAGAUUAAUUAUUGAAAGUCUUUUUCAUCUUAUCAGAAAAACAUUGAUCCUUUUGAAAUCAGAUAUAUUGUAUAUGACUGGAUAGUGCUAUUCAUAUUUUCUCCUUUUUAUUCAGCAAUAUUUUGAUGAUGCAUUUAAUUUUAUGUACAGGGGUUAAUCUUCAUAAGACUUGGGAUUUUGUAUGUAUGGAUACAUUGAAAAGAGAUUACUAGUAUCUGCCUGUUUAUCGAUAUCAGAUGUACAAAAAAAAAUUAUUGAAGAAGCAAUAGACUUUAUUCUGUCCAAUAUUACAGCGUGCAUUUCUUCCAGGGAGUUAUGCCUCUAAUAAAGACAACAUACUUUAUUUA